AUGACUACUGAGGAAAAGAACGAUAAGGCAGCUGAGAGGAGAGAUGAUAAGACAACUGUAACGAGAGACGAAAAGAAAAGAGUGAAGAGAUUGGCAAAAUUGAUAUUCUUGCAUGGGUUUAGUGAUCACUGUAAUGCAUAUUACACCUUCUUCCCGAGCCUCGCGGCGCGAGGCAUUGAAGUUUUUGCAUUUGAUCAGCGAGGCUGGGGCCGAUCUGUCCGGACCCCCUCAGACCGAGGCGCCAGCGGACCAACGUCCCAAGUGCUCGCAGACCUGCGCUCCAUUUUAUCCUCGCACAUCCCCAGCACCACGGCCUCCACCUCCACUGCCGCCACCAGCACGAGCAGCAGCAACAGCAACAGCAGCAGCAACGUCCCCAUUUUCCUCAUGGGCCACUCCAUGGGCGCAGGGGAGAUCCUGUCGUACGCCGCACGGGGGGACGCACAGCAGAAAGAGCACAUACGGGGAUACCUCGCCGAGGCGCCACUUUUCGCGUUCCCGCGGGAGACGGAGCCCUGGAAACUGACCGUCGCUGCGGGGCGGCUCAUGUCGAAGAUGACGCCCGGGAAGCAGCUGGUGCGGAAACUGGAGCCGGCACUGAUGAGUCGGGAUCCGGUGGUAUGUUCGAAUUUUGCAAAAGAUCCGCUUUGCCACGACACGGGCACGCUUGAGGGACUGGCGGGCAUGUUGCAGCGCACGGCGGAUCUGCGGAGCGGCCGCUGGAGCGUCCCCGCGGGGAUAAGUCUCUGGGUGGGUCAUGGGACGGAGGAUAAGGUGACGAGCUUUGAGGCGGCGCAGGCGUGGGUUCAGAGCGCGCAGGCGGUGGAUAAGACGUUUCGAGUGUAUAGGGGGUGGUAUCAUAAGUUACAUGCGGAGCCAGGAGAAGAUCAUAAGAUAUUUGCCAAGGAUGUAGCGGACUGGAUUCUUGCGCGGUGUAAUACCCGGAGCCCCCGAGACAGUGUGGAUCAAGUCGCACCUCCGAUUGAUAUCCCGACAGCCAAGCUGUAG